AAGGACAAAGCAAAGUAGACGCUAUCAGCAUUUGGUAUGUUUCCUGUAACAUUGAGGAAGGGACUAGCGUUUCAACUCGAUCGUGAGAAGAUAAAACACGUGAAACGACUCCUGACCUGCGCUCAAUGGCGCGAAGAAAGUUUCUCUAAAACUGCUUUGAACCUAACAAUUUUAUCAUUCAGGAAGUCAGCGAGUCGCAUUGAACACACCAACCCAGACCGCCCUACACUCACUGUCUACCAGAGACGCGACCAAGAGAGAGGAAGAGAGAUCCCCUUACUACUCAGUCUCCUCCCUGGAACCAUGCGAUUGUCCGUCUACCACGGGGGCAUCAGCCUCACAGAGACCGAAGAUCUGCUGGCAUCGAUGGGGAAAGACGGCAGUUACCUGAUCCGAGAUAGCGAGACCAUACCGGGAGUCUAUUGUCUGUGUGUGUUGAAUAAAACAUUUGUUCAUACCUACCGGAUUUCUGAAACAUCUGGGAAAUGGUCAGUUCAGACAUUGAAAGGCAUUCCUCCUCGUUAUUUCAGUAGCAUAGAAAAUCUCCUUGUAACAUACAAGAAACCAGGCCAAGGACUUGUUGUACCUCUGUUACAUCCAGUGGAAUGCAAAGCACAAAAAAUCCAAGACCAGAACAAAGAUUUGCAGGAGGAACGGGAGUACAUGGAAAUGCUUGGCGUAUGAUGCAGCCAGAGUAUAACCGAAGAGUCCCCGGAGUACGAUGGAGGAUUAUCUUGGAUGAAAAUAUAGUAUUCUGUUCAACGCUGUAUUUCCACCUUAGUUAUUUGUUUAAAUAUCCUACAUGCAUAAAAAUGCGAAAAUCAAUUUGUUGUGAAUAAGAUAUGUUCAUCUUUACAAGUUGUAGAAUUCACUAAUAUAGAACUAUUUACUGUAGUCUCUUCUUGCCUGUUCUGUUCUCAAAUAGAUGCUUCUUAGAAGGAGGUCAUUUGGCCUAUUGUGCUGUAUUGGCUUUUUCAAAGAGCCAUCCAAUUUGUUCAGGUGGUCUGGCUGGUUCUGGCUGCACUGAAUAGAAAUAAAUCCUAAAGUCUAAACUAUACCUCAUGUCCUAUUUUUCAGAUAGUUAGUAUCUGGAAUAAAAACUUUGUCUUUGAGUAAGAUUUUAAUAAAGUAUUGAAUUUUAUUGUUUUUUUAUUGGGGGUAAUCAUAACUUAAAUAAGGCUUAAAUAUUUUUAGUCAAAUAUUUUGUGGAACUAUGUGUCUGAUCCUCUCCAACCAGGUUUUGGUCCCACCACACUACUAAAGUGACCCUUACCAAAAUAACAAAUGACGUGUCUAAAACUAAGAAAGUCCAUUCUUGCCUCAGUAUUCACACAUUACAAAAAUGUAAUCACACCUUCACAUCCUCCCUACCCACCCACUCACACAUACAGACAGUCCUCCAGCUCUACGACAGGCCACCUCCGGGCCUCCAACCUCACAGACUUGCAGACACCACGCUUCCAACUACCCCAGUGAACUCCCAGACUUGCAGACUCAGGGCUUCGACCGUCGACCCUAACAGAAGAGGUAAUUGUUUGCGAGGACUGAGGGGAUUUUCAAAUCAAACAGUGAUGAUGAUAAUUUUGAGGGAGAGUGGGACACUGUCUGAGGAAGUCACUGUAAAGUUAGGCAAUUUAGUGAUCAGAAACUCACACUGCUACUCAGCAAAAUGGAGACAAGACUGUGACAUUAUUUACUCACCUCAGCCUCAACAUAUGCACGAAAGAUCUGCACAUGGUACAAACUAGUCACUUUUUUUAAGGGAAAGUGGACAGUGUUCUACAAUAAUACUUAACAAUGAGGUUACACGGCAAUUUCAGUUAACUCAGGGGAGAAUCCUACAGAAAGUAGUGGAUACCAGCCCAGUCCCUCAUGGGUAAAGCCUUCCCCACCAUUGAGCACAAAUAUACAGAGCACUGUAGUGGGAAGGGAGCAUCCAUGGCAGAGACCCCCAUUAUCCAGGUCAUGCUCUCUGCUUACUGCUACAAUGAUGAAGGUACAAGAGCCUCAGGACUCACACCACCAGGUUCAGGAACAGUUAUUACCCCUCAACCAUCAGGCUCUUGAACCAGAGGGGAUAACUUCACUCACCCCAUCAUUGAAAUGUUUCUACAAACUAUGGACUUACUUUCAAGGACUCUUCUCUCACGUUCUUAAUAUGUAUUGCUUAUUAUUAUUAUUAUUUUUAUUAUUACUUAUUUUCUUUCUUUUUGUAUUUGCACAGUUUGUUACCUUUUGUCAACCCUGUUGGUAGAGUUUUACAUUGUGGUUAUUGGAUUUAUUGAGUAUGCCUUCAAAAAAUGAAUCUCAGAGUUGUAUAAAGUGACAUAUAUAUACUUUGAUAAUAAAUUUACUUUGAACUUUGAACUUUGGACAGGAAUGAAGUCAAGUGAAAGGUAUGUAGUGGGAAUAAUGUUGAGUGAAUGGGAGGGUCUCCUGGAAAAGGGGAGCUGAAUGAGUUCAGGACAGGUGUUGGGGAGGUGGGAGGAACAACAGUAAAAUGUUGGCCUAAUGGCCUGGGGUGAAGGGAAGAGGCAGCAGACAAUGCUCUUAACAUUUGUGCCAAAGAAGUCCUUUAGCUCACUGCACAUCAUUAGAGGAACUGGGGUUUGAUAAGUUUGAGAAGAGGCUUGCUAACUUUAUUCAAAAGGAAAAGAGAACUUAACCCAGUGGUAAAUGGAUCAGUUAUGGUCCGGUGUCAUGAAAUUGCACCAUUGAUUGACAUCAAUGUGCUGCCAGUCUGUGACAGUGUACGCGUAGCCUGAGACAUGUUUAUAUUGGAACCUGUGUGUCUCAUUAAGCGCCCAGGCGGUUAAUGUGAUGUCAUGCAAUUUGCUGGCCAAACCUUUCAUGGUUUAUCACAUUAGAAAACACAAUAAACUUUGGACCAAAAUACUUUCACAUGCCCACUUGUUCACACAUGUUGAUUUAAUCAGCACUGAUUUGAUUGUGUGCAUGCUUUUUUAGUAUCCUAAUAGAUUAAGUAGGGAUGAUGAUCUAUUUAGACCUAGUGCUUAGCUUUCAGACUUCCUUAUGUUUAACGCUUGGACUUUGGCAGUGGAUUAUCAGUCAGGAAAUCCUGUAAAUGUGUCUUGGACAAU